UCGUACUCCGCUUUGUGAAACUGGACCCUGUUGUGUCAUGGGAGACGCAGUUAUGCUUUUCUCCUUGCUAUACAGAUGACAGUCUGAGGGGUGUAGAAGGCUCUAUAAAGUCACAAUACCCCGAGGUGAUAUUCCUGAGAUCAGAUCCAGAUGAAGGACUACGUGGUGCCCGGAUGAAGGGAGUUCAGAACGCUCAAGGUGAUGUCAUCGUCUUUCUUCAGAUGCCAUUUGAAGUCAACGUGAACUGGUUACCGCCAUUGCUAGAUCCUCUUGUGGAGGACAAAGACGCCGUGACGUGUCCAUUGAUUGACAGUAUUGGAACUAAAACUCGCCAGGCCGCAAAGAUUCAGAACGGAGAGAGGAAAGGUUUUAACUGGCGCUUCCAACCGGUAAAUUUCGGGCGGAGUCAGGCUGACAAAUCAGUCUUGGAGCUGCCAUACACGUCACCCCUCUUGGAAGAAAAAGCCUUUGCUAUUCACAAAACCCACUAUCUGGAAAUUGAAGCCUCGAUUUUAUCUCCACAAUGGAGAGGGGUUGAUAUUGAGUUGUCAUUGAAGACAUGGCUUUGUGGCGGUAAAAUUCUGAACGUUCCAUGCUCACGGAUAGGCUCUUUCUCUAAACCUCCAAGAGGCAGCGUAACUGACCAUGACGCUCAGAAUUACAGAAUCAUUGCUCAUCAGUGGUUCGAAGACUAUGGCAAGUUUGUCCUCUCCGAGAUUGGCAGAGGUGAAACCCUAUCGCCGGAGACGGAGGACAGUAUGUUAGACAUAUGGGAGAGUCUGACAUGUAAACCCUUCCGGUGGUUCUUGGAGAAAGUCAUGCCUGAAUUACUGAAGCAGUUUCCGCCUUACAUUCCUGCCCCCAAACUCGGCGUGAUACAGAACAACGUGUGCCGGAAGUGCGUCUCGGUGCCGUUCGCUCACCAGGACACUACACUUGUCAUGCUGCAAUCGUGUAAAAACUCUGAGACCGCAUUGAAUUAUCACGUCCAUUUGCUGAACGACGGCCACAUCCGGCUUAGUGACGGGAAACAGUGCCUGUCGUUGACUGACUUUGGCGGCGUCGUGUACUCUCCAUGUUCCGAUCUGGAAAGGCAACAGAUCUGGCUGUAUAACUCUGAUACACAGACAUUAAUGAACGAACACACCGAGAGAUGCCUCGAAGCGACAGUUCGCUGUGAUCGUGCUUACUUUCCCAGUUGUAACCAAGUACGUCCCAAACCUAAAAAGUCCAGAACGUGGCUUAUAGCCAAGGACCAGAGUCAGUUGAAACCUGAACUGAACAAAACGGAGAUCGACGAGAUGAAACAGAAACGGAAGAGACAGAUUCAUUUGGCCUAAAAAUGAGUCACAAACAUUCUUAAAAUAAAAGCCGGCAAAAGACGCUACAAUAUUUAUGCACAUAGGCACGGGUUUGCUGUAAUAUAUUGUCAGAUUGAGGGGUUAUCGAGGUUGUUCUGUGCCAUCUGUUUUGUACCAAAAUAAAGUUGGG